AGAUAAUCGGGGCGCCCAAUCCGGCAACGUCGUAGCCGCUCUAUGCUGUGCCGCGCGAGAUGUGUUGUAAAUGUGUGUGUGUGUAUAUGUGUGCGAGUAUGACUUCACAGCAGUAACAUAGACCUGGUUCAAUGGAAAGUAGGUCAGUCACUUUCACUUGUUAUUACACGGGUCCGCCGUAAUCAUUUCGUACCGUACCCCCGUUGAAGCCGGUCGCUCGGGGGUUCUUCCAAUCCGCUGACGACUACUACUUCUUCUUCUUGGUCAGUCUCGUGCAACCUCCCAUCGGAGUCGGACGUUGUUCGUUCUUCCUCCCUUCUUGUUUUCAUUUCCGACCGAAUCGUCGUCGCGAGUGCUGUGAUUGUUGCUUCUUCAACAUUGGAUUAUACAUUAGUGCCUUCGAUAAUGUUCAUAAGGAUUUUUUGAAAGGUUUUAGUGAGAAAUGUUACUCGAAAUGGAUAACCACUCAACGUUAUUGUCCCUGAACAUGUCCCCGUUUAACGCGAACCACCAGGGGGAUUCCCCGGUGACCACCUCGAGCCCCCUGAGCCACUACGUCGGCUCGCCCCCCCUGUCUUACAGUAACUGUCAGCAGUCGAUGGGGGCCGCGAUGCCCCAGCACCAACAAAACAUGAUGAUGUCCCAUCAGGCGAUGCCCAAUAUAGAUCCCUCUUAUUUUUUCUCCCCAGGAACCCAAACGAUCGCCGGAUUGGACAUGGGGGCCGCCUAUCAGAUCUCCUCGAACCUGGGCGGAGGGGCGACGGGGAACGGGGGCGCGGGCUCCGGUAGUCCCGAUGUGCCGGACAUCAAGGACGUCAUCGAGGAACUGUGUCCGGUGUGCGGGGAUAAAGUGUCCGGGUACCAUUACGGAUUGUUAACGUGCGAGUCCUGCAAGGGGUUCUUUAAACGGACCGUGCAGAACAAGAAAGUUUACACGUGUGUCGCGGAACGGAGUUGUCACAUCGACAAGACGCAGAGGAAACGGUGCCCGUUUUGUCGCUUCCAGAAGUGCCUCGAUGUCGGCAUGAAGCUCGAAGCCGUACGAGCGGAUCGCAUGAGGGGCGGCAGAAACAAAUUCGGACCAAUGUACAAGAGAGACAGGGCGCGCAAACUGCAAAUCAUGCGACAGAGACAGUUGGCCGCGCAGACGAUACGCGGUGCGCAGCUACAGCCCGAGGGCCUGUACAGCCCCCAACCGGGCACCUCUUCCUACGCCAACAUUCAUAUUAAACAAGAAAUUCAAAUACCUCAGGUUUCUUCCCUCACGUCGUCCCCGGACUCAUCCCCCUCGCCGAUCGCGGUCGCCUUAGGCCAAGUCAGCUCGCACAUGCAACUGUCGGGUCAGCAGUCGGCCCUCCAGAUCGUCGGCGGGGUGGCGAACAACAAUCCCGCCUCCCAGAGCCAACUGGACCAGAAACUGUGGGGCACCGCCAACUCGACCACCACCUCGCCCCACUCGCUCAGCCCCAAAUCGUUCCAGUUCGACACGGUGGUACCGGGUGGUGGCGGAGGUGGGGGCGGCGGCGGGGUGCCGAACCAAAACAAAGUGUCGCCCCUAAUUCGGGAUUUCGUGCAAGGAAUCGACGACCGGGAGUGGCAGAACUCGUUAUACGGACUCUUGCAGAGCCAGACGUACAAUCAGUGCGAGGUCGAUUUGUUCGAACUCAUGUGUAAAGUUUUAGAUCAGAAUUUGUUCUCGCAGGUGGACUGGGCGAGGAAUUCGGUGUUUUUUAAGGAUCUCAAGGUGGACGAUCAGAUGAAACUGCUCCAACACUCCUGGUCGGACAUGCUGGUCCUGGACCACAUCCACCAGCGCAUGCACAACAGCCUGCCCGACGAGACGACGUUGCACAACGGGCAAAAGUUCGACCUGCUCAGUCUCGGGCUCCUCGGGGUGCCCGCCCUCGUCGACCACUUCAACAACAUAACGGCGAAGCUCCAGGAGCUCAAGUUCGACGUCAGCGACUACAUUUGCAUCAAGUUCAUGUUGCUGCUGAAUCCAGAAGUCAAGGGGAUCGCCAACAGGAAGCACGUGCACGAGGGUUACGAGCAAGUGCAGCACGCCCUACUCGAAUACUGUUUGACGUGUUACUCCCAGAUUCCUGACAAAUUCAACCGGAUGCAGUCGAUCCUCCAAGACAUCCACUCGCUGGCGGCCCGUGGCGAGGAGCACCUCUACGUGAAACACUGCAACGGUUCCGCGCCGACGCAGACCCUCCUCAUGGAAAUGCUCCACGCGAAACGGAAAUAACCAUCCCUCACCCCCCGACGCACCACCCCCACCACAUUGUUGGAUGAUACCACGACGUUACCAUAUCCGUGUGCAAUAGCGGCUUACCAGAUUAAAAAUUUCGUGUACAUAGUGAGGUUAUGUAUUAGAAGAGGACGAAAGAGGGAAAUCUCAUAAAAGUUGUUAAUUAUUUUUUUUUGUCUUGUUUUGUUUGUUUGUUAAGUCUCGGGGUUGAAAACUAAGCGGGAAAAUCGAACUACGGAUGCCUUGACGAAGUACAAAAGAGUGGGGCUGUUUGUUUGUUUUUUCGUUAAAAUUGAGGACUUUCGUUUUAAUUAAUUAAUUAAAAGGCGGCCACGGUACCACUCGGAUUUCUCGUUUGUUUUAGUGCUUAGUUUAGGAAUUUUUUUUUUAUUAAGUUUGUGAUACCGGGCCGGGGCGAGGGUGGGGGGCGCGGCACAUGGGCGUGGCUUGCCCCCUCCCCCCUUCAGUUGUUUAUUCUGGUAAUUGGGCCGGAGUUGUAGAGGUUCAAUUAAUGGCUGUGAUAAUACUUAAUUACUUCUCUUAUUUUUUUUUUAAUUGUAAACGGGAUAUUUGACCGGUUCACACCUGUUUUGGAGCAAUUAAUUAAUUGUUUCCACCCCACCUAAGUAGCUGGAAUUCUGAAGAUGAGUUUGGUACCAAAAACGUCUAUCUGGAACGAAAAUUCGACCAAAAUAGAGCAUUUUUGGUUGACUAAUAAGUAGUCGCACACUCCCCUGGAUUUUUUCCAGAAUUUUCCAGGGAUUUAAGAACGGUUUUUUGUAAGGGUUGUGCGUUGUUUAACAAACAUUUUGGUGCAUAAAUGACCCCUGUGGCUCAAAUAGUUUCUGAGUUACAUUCAAUUUUCUGAGGCAACGUCUGAAGAAAUCACUUUUUUAUAUUUUCUGGGUAUUUUCGCCUGUAACUCAAAAACCGCUCAAAGAAAAUUUACGAUUCUUUACACUAAAAUGACAGCAACCCUGAGGAUGGAUUUGAAGUAAAAAACGUUGCUCUAAGUAAAAUAUUUGGGCAGAACGAGCUUGUUUGGUUCAGUCGUGGUUUAGACCAAAGAUCCAAUAAGAAAAUUAUACAUUUCCCUGGAUAUUUCGCAGAAUUUUCCAGGGAUUUAAAAACGGUUUUCACGUAAGGGUUUCCCGCCUUUUAAUAAACAUUUGGAUGCAUAAAUGACCCCUUUGGCUUAAAUAGUUUCUGAGUUACACCCAAUUUUCUAACCCAAGAUCUUAAAAAAAUCACUUUUUUUAUAUUUCCUCGGAAUUUUCGCCUGUAAAUCAAAAACCGCUCAAAGAAAAUUUACGAUUUUUCACACUAAAAUGACAGCAACCCUGAGGAUGGAUUUGACGUCAAAAACGUCGCUCUAAGUUAAAUAUUUGGUCAGAAAGAGCUUGUUUGGCUCAGUCGUGGCUUAGAUCAAAGUUCCGAUAAAAAAAUUAUACAUUUCCCUGGAUAUUUCGCAUAAUUUUCCAGGGAUUUAAAAAGGGUUUUCACGCAAGGGUUUCCCGCUUUUUAAUAAACAUUUUGGUGCAUAAACGACCCCUUUGGCUUAAAUAGUUCCUGAGUUACACCCAAUUUUCUAACACAAGGUCUUAAAAAUCACUUUUUUUAUAUUUCCUGGGCAUUUUCGCCUGUAAAUCAAAAACCGCUCAAAGAAAAUUUACGAUUUUUUACACUAAAAUGACAGCAACCCUGAGGAUGGAUUUGACGUCAAAAACGUCGCUCUAAGUUAAAUAUUUAUUCAGAAAGAGCUUGUUUGGUUAAGUCGUGAUUUAGACCAAAGGUCCAAUUAAAAGAAUUAUACAUUUCCCUGGAUAUCUCGCAUAAUUUUCCAGGGAUUUAAAAACGGUUUUCAUCUAAGGAUAGCCCGCUUUUUAGUAAACAUUUUGAUGCAUAAACGACCCCUGUGGCUCAAAUAGUUCCCGAGUUACACCCAAUUUUCUAACACAAGGUCUUAAAAAAAUCGCUUUUUUAUAUUUUUCGGGUAUUUUCGCCUGUAAAUCAAAAACCGCUCAAAGAAAAUUUAAGAUUUUUUACACUAAAAUGACAGCAACCCUGAGGAUGGAUUUGAAGUAAAAAACGUCGCUCUAAGUUAAAUAUUUGGUCAGAAAGAGCUUGUUUGGCUCAGUCGUGGCUUAGACCAAAGGUCCGAUAAAAAAAUUAUACAUUUCCCUGGAUAUUUCCCAGAAUUUUCCAGGAAUUUAAAAACGGUUUUCACAUAAGGGUAGGGAGUUUUUUAACAAACAUUUUAGUAUAUAAACGACCCCUGUCGCUCAAAUAAUUUCUGAGUUACACCCAAUUUUCUAACACAAGAUCUUAAAAAAAUCACUUUUUUUAUAUUUCCUCAGAAUUUUCGCCUGUAAAUCAAAAACAGCUCGAAGAAAAUUUACGAUUUUUGACACCAAAAUGACAGCAACCCUGAGGAUGCAUUUGACGUCAAAAACGUCGCUCUAAGUUAAAUAUUUGGUCAAAAAAAAACUUGUUUGGCUCAGUCGUGGCUUAGACCAAAGGUCCAAUAAGAAAAUUAUACAUUUCCCUGGAUAUUUCGCAGAAUUUUUUAGGAAUUGAAAAAUGGUUUUCACGUAAGGGUUGUCCGCUUUUUAAUAAACAUUUUGAUGCAUAAACGACCCCUGUGGCUCAAAUAGCUUCUGAGUUACGCCCAAUUUUCUAACCCAAGGUCUUAAAAAUCACUUUUUUUAUGUUUCCUCGAAAUUUUCGCCUGUAACUCAAAAACCGCUAAAAGAAAAUUUACGAUUUUUGACACCAAAAUGACAGCAACCCUGAGGAUGGAUUUGACGUCAAAAACGUCGCUCUAAGUUAAAUAUUUGGUCAGAAAGAGCUUGUUUGGCUCAGUCGUGGCUUAGAUCAAAGUUCCUAUAAAAAAAUUCUACAUUUCCCUGAAUAUUUCACAGAGUUUUCCAGGGAUUUAAAAAGGGUUUUAACGAAACUAUUGGGCGCCCUUUAACAAACACUUUGAUAUACAAACGACUCCUGUAGCUCUAAUAGUUUCUGAGUUACACCCGAUUUUCUGAUCCAAGGUCCAUGACCAGAGUAAUUUGUACAGUUUGGAGCAUAUUUCAAGAACCACUGCGACUAAAUUCAUAAUUUUACUCAGUAAAAUAAAACGGAUCCUGAUGAUGGACUUGGAAGCAGAAACGUCAAAAACUUUUUAAACUACUGUCGUUUUUUUUCCGACGAAACGUGAAAAAUCGAACGGACUUAAAUCAGGAAGUCGAGCAGGCCAAAUGUUAAUAAAUGGGCACCUACCUUGCUUCUCUUUCCAGUCUCCGUCUGGACGCCGUGGUGUCCCGAGAAUCUGCAAAGAACAACAAACAUGUUAGAAAAAGACAGACUCAUUGGUUUUAUGGUGAACUACGAGAAAAAGUCACCGGGUGCCAAAUCGGGCCACCAAAUAUCCCGUUUCGCUGUCAUCUCGUGUCUCUUUUUUGUAAAUCUUUAACGAACGGCGCAAGCGCGCCACGUCACUUAGUCCCGCACUCGUCCCACCCGCUCGGCCCAGUACGACCGUUAUAUCGUGAAGGGGUGUGCCAUCCCAGUUUUUUUUUUUUAACUAAUAGUUCGUAAACGCUACACAUUCCAGGCAAAUGUGCUCCCGAGGGAUUCAAGGGCAUCUUAGACAUGUAAAUUUUGUUUUGUUUGGGUGGAUGCGCGUGUGAGAGAGAGAGAGUGAGUGACAGGACGCACUUUUCUAGCUUUUACUUUUUCGUGGUGAAGGACUAACCCUAAUUUUGUAUUUAUCGAUAAGUUUCGUUUUUUAUUUUCUUAGGUUAAGUGUAAACAUGAUUUUUUUUAUAUAGGCGUAACCCUGCCCCCCCCCUGUUUCUUUAUAUGGCGGUACCGUGGUCCUAAAAAGUUUUUUUUUGCACUAAAUCGAUAUUUUUCUACAUAAAGGGAACAUCCGAACAUCGAAACUGGAACAAUGUGAGCAUGCAAUUUGAUAAACCAUACAUAAAUAUGUUCUUCUUUUGUUUUUUUUUUAAAUGAUAAAAUUGUGAUAAUGCGAGCUGUAGGAGGUUUUAACGGUAGUUUUUAGGUGGUAUUGUAUAAAAAUUUGUUCAGUUUAAUGGCAUUAAGUUUGUUUUUUGCUAUGGGGUGGCUCAAAUAUUUGGAAUAUUGCGCGAAACACACGGCGUGUUAGAUCCGGUUGACGUGCGGACCACACCAGAAAAAAACUUCCCGGUUUAUAUUUCGGAAGAUCUUUUAAUUGUACAAUUCAUGGGUGAUGGGCGCCCCUGGUUGGUUUGCCAUUAUUUGGUACUAAAAAGAGUAAAAUCGCAGGUUCAUUUGGUACAAUUUUUUUAAGUUCAAAAAUGUACUGAAAAGCACCUAAGCCUGAUCAGGGGCAAUAGUUAAUAUUCUUAGUACAAUUAAACGGUAUAUUAUUGACUACACUUAGGUAUAUAGUAAUUUAAUUGUACUAAAAUAAGUAUGGGUGAAUUCAAUUUCAGGAAAAUGUACUAAAGAUGACCUCUUUGAGGGUCAAAGAACAUAGUUUUUCCCUACCAAAAAAAAAUUAGUAAUUUCUGGUCAGGUCGAUCUUGUACAUUUUUUUGAUUUUAUAAAAUGUACUUAAAACAACCUUUGCCUGGGCAUGCGUGGGGAUUUUAAUAUUUUUAGUACAAUUAAACUAUUACCUGGUGAUACAAGCAUAAGUUUGUACUAACCUAAUUGUACCGAAAACAAUAAGGUCUAAUGGGUGAACCCAGUUGAAAAAAUGUACUAAAAACCUCCUGCAAAAAAAAGUUAUCUCGGAAAAGGUCGAUUUCGUACAAUUGUUUAUAGCAGAUGAAUUCAGUUUAAAAAAUGUACUAGAAACAUCCUUUGCUUGGUCAUGCGUGCGAAUAUAUAGAAGAUAUUACUUGGUGAUGCAAGGCCUUUAGCCACACAUAGGUUUGUACUAACUUAAUUGUACCAAAAAUUUUAAAAUCUAAUGGGCGAAUCCAGUUAAAAAAAUGAACUAAAAAUAACCCAUUCAAGGCCUUUUUUUUAGUACAUUUUUAUGCAAGGAACGUGGUUUCCCCCCUCCCCA